AUGAGUGGCGAUAUAAUUUUUAAAAAUAAAAAAGAUAAUUCACCGGAAUGUGAGUCAAUAAGUAAUUUAUUUGAGAAAAGUGAAGGCAACAGCGAUUAUGGGGAGCCCUUUGUUGAACAACGUCUUUUACUAGAUUUUACUCCAAAUGAAGAUAUUGACAAUGAAUACAAUCAAACAAAAUGCUGUGAGUUCUGGGAUUUUAUUAACAGCCAGCCUGAAUUUAAAAUAAAAUCGAUAACCAGCUUUGAGUCGUUUUCCGAUAAAGUUGAACCUGUAGAAAAUAUUAUAAAACAAAAAUAUAAUACUCCGAUUGUCAAGGAGAAGACAGCCGUGUCUAUGUUAAAAUUUGUGGAAGACAAAGGUCUUAUCAACCAUGCCUUUGAAUCAAAACUCCCAACUUUAUACUGCAAGGAAGAAUUAAACGAUUAUACCAACAAAACAUCAGUCACUGAUAUGAGUAAAAAUCCA